AGUUUUACUUUAACUCCUUGGACUCGCUGAUAAGGUAUUUCUCUUCUAAAAGUGACAUAGAUGAUGGAUUCUGGUGAUGAAUAUAAGUUUCGACCUAAUAGGGAGUAUCAGGGAUUAGCGGUGGUGAUUGUUAACUUUACAGAGGAGAGAAGGGGUUCCAAAGAGGACAUCACGUACAUGACAAGAACGUUUGAAGUACUGGGAUUUAAAGUUAAACUCUACAAAAAUCUCAGUAAACGACGGUUUAUCGAGGUUAUAAACUAUUAUUCCAAAGAUGAUACACUGACAGAUUAUGAUAGUUUUGUGUUGGCCAUCAGUACACAUGGGUUGGAGCUAGAGAGUGCGAACAGAGCUAAGAGAGAUUACGUCGUCCACCAUCACGCCCUACUAAUGAAUGACGACCAGAGCUAUUAUACUGCUACAAUUCUGGAGAAGUUUAGAAAGUGUAAAGCACUGAAAGGAAAACCUAAACUUUUCUUCAUUCAAGCUUGUAGAAUUCCUGAAAGUAAGUCAUCUAAGAAACACCGAGUUCAGGGUAUUGGAUUUGAUGCAGGGACAGGUCUCCACAAACUUGAUCUAGAGGAACCAAACAAAAAUAAAUGUAGACAUGACAAGACAGAUUACAAAGAAGGUUCCAUUAUAUCGAGAGAGGAAGCUUUAGAUUCUGAUCCAAAGAUUUUAUCAGAGGUGGAAGAAGAUGCUGCUGAUACUGCAAAGGUAUCUUUUUCUGAUGAGGUAGGGGAUAGCUGGAGUAAUUCCGAAGAAGUUUUAUUAGACCCCCCAAUAGACAUUGGGGAAUUAGGUGACGAAGUAGACCCUCCUCGUGCUAUUCGAUAUCGACCAUCACAGGCUCCACUCCACAUUACAGCCGUCCCUUGUCACAAUGAUAUGCUGGUCGUGUUUGCUUCUCCUGAAGGACAUUAUGCUAUUAGGAAUGAAGAUAUGGGCAGCUACAUGUUAAAAUAUUUACAUGAUUCCGUAAUUAAUGAGUACGGUGAAGGUCGUCUUUUAAACAAUAGAACAAACUUCCUGUAUAUACUAAACGAUGUGGCAGCCAAGAUGUCCUCCGCUAUUUUCUGUGACGGGAAGUACAAAAAUGUCACAUGUGUUGUUCACAAACUCUCUAAAGAUAUCGUCUUCUCAAAAGGAGAAAAUAUGUGACAUUGCAAGUUUUAUUAGAUAUUUUGAAGAUUCAAAGGCACUUUAGAAACGAUAUAGUAAAACUCACUGUGAAAACCACAGGAAUUUUGAAAUUCACUAGUACUAGUAUAUUGAAUACUACAAGUUGGAUAUUUGCAAUAAAUCAUUUGAUUUUCA